CAAAACAUACAAACACGACGAAUAACGAUCCCCAAUUAAUAUUGCUUAUGAGGGGCAUGAACUACCGUGACGCUGUGUCUGCAAUUGGCCUGCCAGGUUCAUGGCAACCUACUUAUAGUAAGCGAGCUGUCACGUAUUGUUAUCAUCACUAGCAGCGUCUACCCAAUUUAUUCCGUACUCAUCGUCUAGCACAGUGUAGAAGUGUUGUCUGCCUCUAUUAUUUAGGUAUAGUUUCUAGUGUCUCUUAACUCAUAGAAAUGAUAUCGAAACAAGUUACCGCUGUCGCUCGCAGUCGUUUUUCGCUAGCAGAAGUGCUCAAUACACUGCUGUAUCAUUGUCGAAAGGAUGGCGCAUUCGCCGACACGCAUAUCAGACGUGCACAGUUCCAUUCCAAGACCGUAAAGGUCCCACAGAUGGCCGAGUCCAUCUCUGAGGGUACACUUCGAUCAUGGUCAAAACAGGUUGGGCACACCGUCGAGGCUGAUGAGGUUGCAACCAUUGAGACGGAUAAGAUUGACGUUAGUGUCAAUGCGCUUUCAGCAGGGAAGAUUGUGGAGUUGCUUGCAAAGGAGGAAGACACCGUCAGCGUCGGCCAGGACCUCUUCAUAAUUGAACCUGGCGAAGGUGGUGGUAACUUACGUGAUACAUCACAUUUUCACAUGGCUCUAGCAUCUGCUGCUCCUGAGGAGUCGAAGACAGAUCCUGAAGAACCUAGGGACCAGCAACUGGACAAGACGACACCAAAGCCGCGCACACCAUCAGCUGCUGACAAGCAGAGCCCUCCAGAAGGGACCCAAAGAGUCCAAGAAGGAGAGGACAAGUCUAAAGCACUUAUUUCUGCGCCGAAGGCCCCCGGCAAUCGGGGCGAGACAAGGAUCGACAUGUCCUCUCUCAUGGAGAUGCGGAAGAAGUACAAGGACGAAGUGCUCAAAGAACAUGAUGUCAAACUCGGCUUUAUGAGCGCGUUCGCUCAUGCGUGCGCUCUGGCACUGAAGGAGAUUCCUGCUGCAAAUGCGUCCAUCGAGGGUGACGAGAUCGUCUACUAUGAUUUCGUUGACCUGAGCGUCGCUGUCGCGACGCCCAAGGGCUUGGUCACCCCAGUGGUGAGGAAUGUUGAGGACACGGGCUUUGUUGAGAUCGAGAAGGAGAUUGCUGCCCUCGGAAACAAGGCCAGGGAUGGUAAAUUGACUCUCGAGGACAUGGCAGGAGACACCUUCACCAUUUCCAAUGGUGGUGUCUUUGGCUCAUUGUACGGAACGCCCAUCAUCAACCUGCCACAGUCUGCUGUGCUCGGCAUGCACGCGAUCAAGGACAAACCUGUAGUUGUAAACGGCCAGAUCGUCAUCCGACCCAUCAUGGUCGUCGCACUCACCUAUGACCACAGACUACUCGAUGGCCGGGAGGCAGUCACCUUCCUAGUGAAGGUCCGAGACUACAUCGAGGACCCUCGGAAAAUGCUUCUUGCAUCGAGCUGA